UCCCUCGCCCCAUCCAUGCCCGUCGCCACCUCCCACCACCUCCGCCCGUCGCCGCCGGCGGCGGCGGACCGCCGCCCCGGACGCGCCUCGCUCCGGCCCUGGGCCCAGCCCCCGCGCCGCCGCGCCCUCGCCCUCGCCGCGGCCGCCAGCGCCGGCGGCGAGGCGUCCGCCGCGGUCUCGGCGGUGAGCGCGGGGGCCACCGCGGGCGCCAAGCGGGACCCGGUGCGGCGCCACACGAUCUCGGUCUUCGUCGGGGACGAGAGCGGCAUGAUCAACCGGAUCGCCGGGGUGUUCGCCAGGAGGGGCUACAACAUCGAGUCGCUCGCCGUGGGGCUCAACAAGGACAAGGCGCUAUUCACCAUCGUCGUCUCCGGGACGGACAGGGUGCUCAAGCAGGUCAUCGAGCAGCUCAACAAGCUCGUAAAUGUCUUGAACGUUGAAGAUCUAUCUAAGGAACCUCAGGUUGAAAGAGAGCUCAUGCUUAUAAAACUCAAUGCCAAACCAGAUCAACGUGCUGCCGUCAUGCUUGUAGCUAAUGUGUUCAGAGCGAAAGUUGUUGAUAUUUCCGAGAAUUCUCUAACCCUAGAGGUCACUGGAGAUCCUGGAAAGAUUGUUGCGGCACAAAGGAGCCUAAGCAAAUUUGGGAUCGAAGAAAUUUGUAGAACGGGAAAAAUUGCUUUGAUUCGUGAAAAAAUUGGAACAGCUGCCCGUUUCUGGGGAUUUUCUACUGCUUCUUACCCAGACCUCAUAGAAGCAUCACCCAGAAACCCUCUUCUUACUUCUCCGAAAAAGACGGUUAAUGGCAGUUUUGAUCAGCCAUCCAGUGCUGGGGGUGAUGUGUAUCCUGUGGAACCUUAUGAAAGCAUGUCCAUGAACCAAGUACUUGAUGCCCAUUGGGGUGUUCUUGACGAUGAAGAUUCAAGCGGACUUUGCUCACAUACUCUUUCCAUCCUUGUGAAUGAUUGUCCUGGUGUCCUCAACAUUAUAACAGGCGUCUUUGCUCGCAGGGGCUACAGUAUACAGAGUCUUGCUGUUGGCCGAGCUGAAAAGGAAGGCAUUUCGCGUAUUACAACAGUUGUUCCCGGAACUGAUGAAUCCAUCGAGAAGUUAGUUCAGCAGCUUUACAAGCUUAUUGAUGUACUUAAGGUUGAGGACUUGACUCACUUACCUUUUGCCGAAAGAGAACUGAUGCUUAUCAAGGUAUCUGGGAACACCGCUGCUCGGAGGGAGAUACUAGAUAUCGGUCAAAUCUUCCGGGCAGAAUGUCUGGAUCUUUCUGAUCACACAGUUACGUUAAUGCUUACUGGGGAUCUUGACAAGAUGGUUGCAUUACAAAGACUGUUGGAGCCUUACGGCAUAUGCGAGGUUGCCAGAACAGGUCGUGUGGCGCUGACCCGUGAAUCUGGGGUUGAUUCCAAGUACCUCCGCGGCUACUCUCUUCCAGUGUAAUGUGUGAGCUAAGCAGAAGGUGUAGGCAGCUUUUCGUUCAUUCCUGUUAGGGAUGACUUUCUCCUUGGUUGUAAUGUGUCGAACCAGUGACUUUUGGAAUAAAUUAUUUUCCGUAGAUGCUAGUUGAUGUUUGCCAUUGUAUUGCACUGACAUGCUGAAUAAAUAAUGCCCCUCUCCCCUGUUCA